AUGAAUUUGAGUCAUAAUAUUUUGCAAUACGGUUAUCCCAUCAAUAAAUUCUCUCUAAAAUAUCACCUUACCAACAACAGAGACGUGGUUAAUGAGCGUCGUUGGAUAUCGAAUGUCGUUGCGCGUGGUGUUUUGGAAGUUGACCUUACUUUUAUGCCCUUUUGGAUGGGCCUUGUAGAUAUUGAUAAGGUUCACGGGGACUGCCUUCUUCCUUAUGACCUCCUCAGGAGCAAGACACUGGUUAAGCUGCGUCUCGGAACAGAUACUCAUAUUUUCAAGCUUCCUCGUGAUGGUCUGGAUGGUUACACAGGCGAUGUUACCAUUGGUCUGUUCCAAGUCAAGAAGCUGCAUGUUGUUGGUUAUAGAGGAACUGCUAAAGAGGUUCAACACUUGAAGAGUUUGCUUGCGGGAACUGAAUGCAUCCCAAGAAUGCGAGUGGAGUUCCCUGAAGAUGUUAUGGUCGAUGCUGCCACAAUUAUUCAAACCCGUAGGGAUCUUUUUACCCUUGUUGGAGUUGUUGCAACCGAUGUCUCAUAUUUCGCGUAG